AUGGCCCGGUACUCGAAGAGCCUCCUCGAUCUUGUUCACCACGCACAAGCAAGAAGGGGACCUGGCCUGGCGUCUGAGAUGACGGGUGCCUCGUGGGCUCUUUACCACGGCCUCAAGGCCGUGUACUUCCCGCAUCCGAUCUACGCAGAUGGCCAGUGGACGCCGAAGGAACUGGCACGGAUCUAUAAUCCAAGUCCGCCGGAGAAUAUCAAUGGUGUGCUAGAUAGCGGGUGGAACGGAGACCAUCUUUAUGAUCAUAUCAUGUACCGCUUUCCUUACAUGUUUACGACGCAUUUCGCUGAAGAUCUGUAUAGGCGGUGGUUGGGUUACAGAACUGCUGAACAUACGGGUGGGAAAUGGGUGUCGUUUUAUCUCUCUUUCUUCCUUAAUUAUAAGGCUGGAAUGGUUUCAGAACCUCGCCACGGUCGACAUUACUUCCCAUUCAUGUUCUUGCAUACAAUCAAGAAUUGUGAUCUAAGAUUCGGGCCGGACAAGCCUGUUCCUUGA